AUGCGAGCGCCCGCGCUGCUACUCACAGCUGUUUUUGCCGCUCUGCUGGGCGUGGCAGCGUCCGCCGACGCGGCCGACCGCCUGCGAGCGUACAACACACGCGACGACCACACACCUUCGACAAUAAUUGGCCGGGCCGACGAGGGGCGGACCUGGAAGGCGGACACGCCGGGGUUCAAGGGCUCAGUCACGUUCCCGGGCGACUACGACGCUCUCCAGAAGACUGUCGAGGGCCUGAUGGGCCAGGUCACGCUGAUAGACGUGAUUAAAGACGCCGUGGACAAGGUGGCGCGCCGCGCGCACACGCGCGACCUCGCGGGCAUGUUCGAGACCGCGGGCAAUGCGAACGAAUUCGUCGACGUCAAGCUGCCGGACGGCAUGAAGGGCAACCUACAGAUCAACACGGCCGAGGGCGUGGAGGCGUUAGGGAAAGAACUUGUCAAGAUGGGCCCCUCCCUGGGCGGCUCCUUGUUGGAUAGCACAAAGCGCGACGCGGCGGCGGGCUGGACCGGCGAGGAGGACCUCGUGGCGCUGGACGACGGCGGCGGCGGCGGCCAUGGUGAUGAUGGCGCGCUGGACCCGCGCUUGGUCAAAGGCGUCGCCAGAGUGGGCGCCACUGUGGUCACCAAGGUGGUCUCGGCCCUGGACCCGUGCAAGUGCUACGGGUGUUCCACGUGCUGGCUCCUGGUAUUCGAGCCCCUGCAGAUCCUGACCACUCUAUGCAUGGCCAUUUGCAAGUUUGGCGCCUCGGCCUUCAAGCCCGACGGGUGCGUUUAUAUGGGUUUCAUAACGAUGGAGAGGAUGACGUUGGGACUGAUUGGGAAGAAAAUGAAAGAGGUUCCGGGCGGGAGGCAGCCAACUCUUUGCGGCUUGAAACUGAACGAGUACAUCCCAGGCGUGACUAGGCCGACGAAAGAAAUUGAUGCUUCAUGA